GUUAAAGUUACAUUGCGGGUGCGGGGAGAGGGAGAGAGAAAGACGCGCCCGCGGAGGCUCCCGUCUGGCGUUGUGCUUCCCGCAGCCGGCGCUGCAAACUGCGCAGAAGGUUCCGCGGCCGCCGCCUCCGCUGCUGUCCCCGGCGCGCCCGCGCGCAACCUACGCACCGCAGGCGGGCGAGUCGUGGCCCUCGAGCAGGCGCGCGAGCCGGAGACGGCGCCGUCCGGGCCCUUUGCGCGCGCGCCCUUCUGGAUUGCGAUGGCGCGCUAAUUGGAUCAAGGAGAACAGCUGCCUCUCGCCUGGCCGGCGAAGAGGAGCGGGGCAGCCGGUUGCCCGGCCGGCCAGUCUUCGGGGGACCAACUUCGCUUUUCUUUUCGAAGUCACCUUUCUCCUGUCACGCGACAACUUCUUCACACCCACCCACCGUCACCUGAAGGAUUUUUCUAUCCUAUUUGAAUUUUUCCCUUCCUGAAGAGACCCGGAGCCCGAGAAGAGCAGAAGAGGGCCAAGAAGAAAACUCCUGGCAAAGGGACAAAGGCAGAGCCCUGCCUCCAACGAGCAGCGACCAUGCCUCAGCUCUCGGGGGCCGGAGGCGGCGGUGGCGACCCGGAACUUUGCGCCACCGACGAGAUGAUCCCGUUCAAAGACGAAGGCGACCCUCAGAAGGAGAAGAUCUUCGCCGAGAUCAGCCACCCGGAGGAAGAAGGCGACUUGGCCGACAUCAAGUCCUCGCUGGUGAACGAGUCGGAGACCAUCCCCAGUAGCAAUGGGCAUGAGGUAUCCAGGCAAGGGCAAGCUCAGGAAUCUUACCAUGAGAAGGGCAGAGACCAUCCUGAAGAAGGAAAACACACAGAUGGCGGUUUAUACAGUAAAGGACCUGCUUACUCCAGUUAUUCUGGGUAUAUUAUGAUGCCAAAUAUGAAUAAUGAUCCAUACAUGUCCAAUGGAUCUCUUUCUCCGCCCAUCCCUAGAACAUCAAACAAAGUACCAGUGGUCCAGCCUUCCCAUGCAGUUCAUCCCCUCACCCCACUUAUCACCUACAGCGAUGAGCACUUUUCUCCAGGGACACAUCCUUCACACCUUCCUUCAGAUGUCAACUCAAAACAAGGCAUGUCCAGACAUCCUCCAGGUCCUGAUAUGCCCACCUUCUAUCCUUUGUCUCCUGGCGGCGUUGGACAGAUAACGCCACCUCUUGGCUGGCAAAGUCAGCCUGUAUAUCCCAUCUCAAGUGGAUUCAGGCAGCCCUACCCAUCCUCCCUUUCAGUUGACACUUCCAUGUCCAGGUUUUCACAUCAUAUGAUUCCUGGACCGCCGGGACCUCACACAACUGGAAUUCCUCAUCCAGCUAUUGUAACUCCUCAAGUCAAACAAGAGCAUCCGCACACAGACAGUGACUUAAUGCACGUGAAGCCUCAGCAUGAACAGAGGAAAGAACAAGAGCCCAAAAGACCUCACAUUAAGAAACCUCUAAAUGCUUUCAUGUUAUACAUGAAAGAGAUGAGAGCAAAUGUUGUCGCAGAGUGUACUCUGAAAGAAAGUGCAGCUAUCAACCAGAUUCUCGGCAGAAGGUGGCAUGCACUGUCGCGUGAAGAACAAGCUAAAUAUUACGAACUAGCUCGGAAAGAAAGGCAACUACACAUGCAGCUUUAUCCAGGCUGGUCUGCAAGGGACAAUUACAGAACAUCCAUCUCUGAGAAGAUUUGUGGGAACUUCAAAGGAAAGAAAAAGAAAAGGAAGAGAGAGAAGCUACAAGAGUCAACAUCAGGUGCAGCCCCCAGAAUGACAGCUGCCUACAUCUGAAGCAUGGUGGGAAGAGAAAUGCUUUUUCGACAUGCAAAGCAAAAGCAGCAACAUCAGGGCCCCUUCUUGAAAUGGAAGCUUGCUAAAUUUCCAGGCAUGUCCUUCAUCUGCACGGACCACCACUAAGGAGUAUGUCUUGGAUUUCUAAACUUGCCCUACUGCCACUGCUAAAGACACUGAACCAUAAAGACAAUCACUGCCACGUCCUUUCGCUACCACGGACCCUAAAAUGGACUCCCUGACAAAAGCAAGAUGAGCAUUUCACAACUGCCCUCGUUAUCAGAGAAGCUUCUUGCCUUCCCUUGCCUUACGCCCUCCUUCAUUUGUAUGUCAUACGUUUGUACUGAGUCGGCAUCAAAAUACUUCAGCUGUGUUGUUUUCGCUUCAGCCGGCAAAGUGGUGUGACCAGCCAGCGGCGACUCCCAUCCUGGCCCUUCACAGAGAAGGAAUAAAAUUGAUUUGUUGAGGAAGGAGAAAUCCAGUUUUAUUUAACGGUGUAAAAGGAUCAAUCUUUUAGCUUUUUAAAAGAAAACUUGAAUGCUUUUAUAUUUUAGUUAUUUCCUUGGUGUAUAUUUUUUAUUGUCCUUGUGGUUUUGAAAUAAGCAUCGAAGUCUUGAAUCCCCUUUUUUAAAAUAAAGGAACCCCCCUAUUUUUUUUUCUUAUAAGAGAGGAACAAUUGAGAUUGAAGAGUAUGUGGCUUCCCCCCCCCCCUCCCCCGGUUAACAGUUUGUAGCAUAAUUGCUCGUUUUCUGCAUAUGCUCUGGAGUCCGAUAAUUGUACCAAUCAGCUGGUCAGUAGCUGUGUUUAUUCCAUCCCACCCUGUUCAUUUCUUCUGUACAUGAUGCCAACACACCUCAUCAGAUCUAACCGCAGUGAGCUCUUCUCCUCCUUUUCACCUACCCUAAAUUUCCUUGUACAAAAAGCCCAGCACUUGAAUUAUUAUUACUUCAAUUGUUCUGUAUUUGUAUCUGUUUUUGUUAGCCUGUUUAGUGGGAUUUUAUGCCAGUUGUUGAAAUGAGCAUCGAUGUAUCCAUUUUUUUUAGUCAAGGCCCAGCCUUUGCCAACCCUCACGUCAAUUGAUAUAUAUUUUUUGUCAUUCCAGUUUGAGUUAAUGUGCUGAGCAUUUUUUUUAAAUAAAAGCUUUGUAAUAAAACUACAAAAUACUUUUUGA